GUAAAGGGCAGAACAGGACCCCCGUCUGGAUGCAUAGGUGCCCGGGCACAAGUGAUGAGAGGAACAGCAGCAGGGCCUGCAAGAGAACCCUCCGUCCCUCGGCAGCUCGCAUGAGUGAGGGGGGGACGGACCCGACAGGACAGGACAGGAUGCCGAUGCCCAGCAAACCCCAGCCACGAGAAGACGCUGGAAAGACCAAACCCAAGAUGGACAAGACAUGCGCCUACAUACACAGACACACUUCGGAUACAGAUGUAGACUGCCGUACUGAAGCAGAUGUAGCAGACAUACACCGAGUAUCCGUACUCACAGGUAGCGCUAUACAACAAAACCCGGGGCGCAGCAGCUUCACAGCAGCAAAACUUGGCUUGAGCCUGGCCAGUUCUCUCUCUUUCUUUCAUUCUUGUUCUUAGUCAGUCAGGCCACUACGUUCUGCAUCAGCAGCAGCGUAAUGGACCCCCCCAUCCUGUCAUGGACCAUGGACCACUGCCCCCCUCCUCCUCUU